AUGUUCACACGGCGAUGGGUAAUGACGGCAGCGGCCGCAUCGGUUAUGGCGGCCGGCGCGGCAAGCGGUGCGAUGGCCAUGGAUCUGCCCGAUCUGGAAGGCCGCACGAUCACGGUGGUGACCGAGAAUGCCUAUCCGCCGCUGCAGUUUCUCGAUCCGUCGACCGGCGAGCAGAUCGGCUGGGAAUAUGACGCGAUGGAAGAGAUCGGCAAGCGGCUGAACGCGACGAUCGAAUAUCAGAAUAUCUCCUGGGACGCGAUGAUCCAGGCGGUGUCCGACGGCCAGUAUGAUGUCGGCAUGACAGGCAUCACCAUUCGCGAGGACCGGAUGGAGAAGGUCGACUUCUCCGACAAAUACAUGACCAGCCAAAUGUUCAUGCUGGUGCGCGGCGACGAGGAGCGUUUUGCCGAUGCGCCGAGCUUUGCGGCCUUUGAAGACGGUCUUGUCGGCGCACAGCCGGGAACGACGCCCUUCUACGUGGCAGUCUACGACAUGCUCGACGGCGACGAGGCCAAUCCGCGCAUCAAGCUGUUCGAAACGUUCGGCGCCUCGGUCCAGGCGCUGCGCACCGGCGAUGUCGAUGUCGUCCUGACCGACGGCACCGCCGGCGAGGGCUAUGUCAAGGCCUCGGACGGCGCGCUGAAGCUGGUCGGCGAACCGCUCGGCACCGAGGAUUUCGGCUUCAUCUUCCCCAAAGGCUCCGAUCUGGUCGAGCCAAUCAACGCCGCCAUCGCCUCGAUGGAAGCGGACGGCACGCUGGACGCGCUGAACACCAAAUGGUUUCUGGAGUACUCGCUGGGCCAGACAAAUGCGAUCGCCAGCGCCAGCGUGAUCGUGACCAGCGAUGAAAAGCCGCUGGCAAAUCCGAUGACCGCCCUGCCGCCCGAACCCUCGCAAGACGCGCCCGACGACGACUUUCCAUGGUGGCUGCUGGCACUGGCCGUCAUCGGCGUCGGCCUUGCAAUCCUGAUCGCGACCAACGACCUUUACACCCAGGUCUUCCGCACCGUCUCGCGCGGCGUGCAGAUCACGGUCUUCGUCACGCUGGUCGGCUUUGCCAUGGCCAGCAUUCUCGGCCUGCUUCUGGCGCUGAUGGCGCUGUCGAAUUCGCUCGUCCUAAGGCAGAUCGCACGCUUUUACGUCGAAGUUAUUCGCGGCAUCCCGAUCAUCGUCCUGCUCUUCUACAUCGCCUUUGUCGGCGCGCCGGCGCUGGUCUGGCUGAUCAAUGGCGUCACCUGGCCGCUGCAGCAACUGGGAUGGAUUGAGCCGCUUCUGGUGCGCGACAUCUCGCUCCUGUGGCGGGCAAUCCUGGCGCUGAUGAUCGGCUAUUCGGCGUUCAUCGCCGAAGUCUUCCGCGCCGGCAUACUCGCCGUCGACAAGGGCCAGAUCGAGGCGGCCGAGGCGCUGGGACUGUCACCCUUCCAACGGUUCCGCUUCGUCGUCUUCCCGCAGGCGAUCCGCACCAUCCUGCCGCCGCUCGGCAACGACUUCGUCGCCAUGGUCAAGGAUUCCUCGCUCGUCUCCGUGCUCGGCGUCGCCGACAUCACCCAACCUAUUCGAUCGUCGCCUACAUCUACCUGA